AUGGACAGACCUCCCGCCGCCUGCCCCUCCUCCGACCUCGCACGCUCCGUCGCACUUGGCCCCGACGCGGACUCAGCUUCAGAGUCAUCGUCAGAGUACUGCCACGACGACGACGACCAGCUGGUGCUGUAUGCGUCAUCGGCAUCGGCAUCGGCUUCGGCCUCGGCCUCGGGCUCUGUCUCGGGCUCUGUCUCAGGAUCUGACUCUGUUUCAGGCUCUAUCUGGGACGACGAUGAUGACGAUGGUGGCCUGCCGCCGCCGGUGCCCGACUCAGCCCCGCCACAGUCGGGUCGCCGCCCAUCAGAGCUGGCGGCAGCGGCAGUGGCAGUGGCAAAGGCGGCGGCGGCACUGGCAAGUGAGGGAGAGUCUGGCUCUGGAUCCGACACGCCACUGGCCGGCGAGCAGCCACAGAGCCAGCUCUCGUUUGCAGCCGUUGUCCAGCUCCGGCUCACCGUCCGCAAGGCUCGGCGCCGGCUGUUUGGAAAGUCGCUCAAGGUGGCGGCCGAGCAGGUGGCAGCAUCCAACAAGGAGCUGAGCGACUUUCUGGAAUCGAUCGACAUGGGCCAGUACUUUGCGCUCCUGCUCUCGGCCGGCUCGGGCACUGCCAGGCUGGAGCACCUGACUGAGGAUGAUUUGGAAGCCAUCGGCAUUGCGGACGUUACCCACCGUGAGGCUAUUCUGGGCGCUAUUGCCGCCCGCCGCCGUGACCGCACUAGCUGCAAUGCCUCGGCUGCUGCCGACGAAACCGUCGCUGCGGGAGACGACCUUGAUGAUCAAGCCGGCUACCUUGCCGCGCCAACCAGACCGCGAUCGCGUGCGGCCGCCCUGGCUGCGGAAGAGUGUGGCGCUGCGAGCGGCGACGGAUCCGGGCUUGGCAUGCGGACGCACUCCUUCUCGUCCAACGCCGAGCUCGGUGAGAGCUCGGUUGUGCUCGAGUCGCUGCGGGCCGAGUUCCGGUCAGCGGCCGAAUUUGAAAAGUACGCCACCAAGCGGAAGAACAUCGCGACCGAGAUGCUGACGACUGAGGAGGCGUAUGUGGCGGCCCUCGACAAGAUGCGGUCGUUUCUGGAGCCGCUGCAGAUUCCUGCGGUCUUGCGGCAGGCGGCCGACUCGCCGUUUCUGCGCGUCGCAUUUGUACCAGGCCUGGCGGCGGCAGUGGCGGCGCCAGUGCUGUCGCGACACGCUGCACUCAUGCCUGGGGCGCCUGCUGAGGGCGCUCCGGCUGUGCCGAGCAUCCCGAUCGAGGACCUGAAGACGCUUGCCUCGAACCUGGCCGAGCUCAUCGACAUCCACGUCGGAAUUGCGCGGUCGCUUCGGGCUCGAAUCGAGAGUUGGAACGUGGCGUCGUGUGUUGGCGAUGUGUUUCUGGGCAAGGCCGAGCUGUUCCGGCGGUACACUCAGUUUGUGCUGGGCUACGACGACGCACUCGCAACGUUCAACAGACUGGUGGCCGACGACCCGGUGUUUGCAAGCUACGCCGAGGCGUUUCGAGCCGAUGCCAACCGCGGCGGCCUCCUCCCGUUUUCAUCGUUUCUUCUGCAGCCGGUCCAGCGGAUCAUGCGCUACCCGCUGCUUCUGGCCUCGCUUGUUGACCACACCCGGCCGUCGCAUCCGGACUACCCCGCGCUCUGCUCGGCGCUGGUCCAGACCACCGAGGUCGCGCACUUUGUCGACCGGCAGGAGAAGAACUGGCGGAGAGUCAAGCUCCUCGAGUCGCACAUGGUUGGUCUGCCCGGCGAUCAUCUGGCGGUCAGCGGCCGGCGGCUGGUUGUCGAGUCGUGGCUCCGCGUCGAGACCUACAUCCGCUAUCAGCGGCGGUACUGCCUCCUCUUCAACGACAUGCUGGUGGUGACCAAGUCGCGGAGCGGUGGCGAGCGUCUUGUUGUCCAGGCCGUUUUUCCCAUGGCAGACCUCGCUGCGGUCGCGGUUGCCUUUCGUGCCGAGGCCCACGCCAACGGCGUCAUCCCGCCGCCGUCGCUCUCGCUCGUCUCGGAAAUCCCCAUGGAGGAUCCCGAGUCCGAGUCCGAGUAUGCCAAGUUCAAGCUUGUCGACCGGCGCAGCGGCUCGGAGGUCACCUGGGUCCUCGCUGCCAAGACACAGACUAUUCGUGAGGAGUGGCUCUCCAACAUCCGCUCGGUUUGGCGCCGCCAUGUCCGCGAGGCGCUUGCCUCGUCGUCGCUGAUAGGCUGAUGCGCUGUGCGAGUGUUAACCUUGUGCCGGCUGGUACGCGCCUCGGACAACGGUGAGCGCCGGGAAGGUGACCCGCGCUGUGGUCGCCACACGCUCCAGCCGCUGGCAAAACUCGGUCACCGGAACCGGCAGCGCUCCGAGGACGAGCUCUUGCAGGGUGUGGUUCGACUCGAGGAGCGAGAGCAUGGCCUCGGCACCGUCAGCGCCCAUCGGAUUGCGUGAGAUGUCGAGCGUGAGCAGAUGCUCGUUUGGCGCCACGUGCAGCGCGAGUGCGACGGCGCCGAUGCUUCCGAUCGCGUUGCCACACAGAUCCAGCCGUGCAAUCGUCCGCCGCGCUCGCUUGUGCGCGAUGAGCUGCGCGAGCGCCUGAGCCCCACGGUCGCCGAUGCGGUUGUGCGCAAGGUUGAGGAGGUGGACCAGGGGGCCGUGUGGCGCCUUGGGCUUGGUCUUGCGUGCAAGCGCCACCACAUCGGCCGUUGAGUCGCCCGCCCUCGCGCCCUUUGGCGCCGAUGCCGAGUCGGGGUCAGAGUCGGAGCUCGUACUUGACGUCGAGGAGCCCAGGCUCGAGCCUGAGUCUGAGUCCGAGCCCGAGUCCGAGCUGGACGAACCGGACGAGCUCGUAGUCGCCGUCUCUUCCUGUUCCUCAUCAAACGUGCCACUCGACGAAA